CCCCCAAGGAAACCAUAAUUAAUCAAUCGCAACUAUCAAUCUUUCAUCACAUCCAACUCUUCCUAAACUAACUAACCACCCAACCCCGACCUCACCACUCACCUAUUCUUUUCCAUCAUCAAUCUACUGUCUAAUCAAUACCCUACUUUCCUCUUAAUAUUUCACACACAUCACAUACACAAUGUUCCGUCGUCUAGUAACAGUUGUCCCUCGCUCCGGCGUCCUUUCGCCUCGCAGCGUCACCCCGGCCGUCUCCGGAAUCCAGCAAGCCGUGAGGUCGACCGUUGUUGCUCCUCAGCAGCAGCAGCGCAGAGGAUACCAUGAGAAAGUGUUGGACCACUACUCCAACCCAAGAAACGUCGGCUCCAUGGCCAAGUCGAUGGACGUUGGUACCGGACUCGUCGGCGCCCCGGCCUGUGGCGAUGUCAUGAAACUCCAGAUCCGCGUCGACAAGGACAGCAACAAGAUCAGCGACGUCAAGUUCAAGACUUUCGGUUGCGGUAGCGCUAUUGCCAGCUCAAGUUAUCUGACUGAGCUGGUCCGUGGAAUGACCCUCGACGAGGCCGCUAAGAUCCGUAACACCGAUAUCGCCAAGGAGUUGUGCUUGCCCCCUGUUAAGCUGCACUGCUCCAUGCUUGCCGAAGACGCCAUCAAGUCCGCCAUCUCGGAUUACUACACCAAGAACCCUCGCACCGUGAAGACCGAUUUGUCCGGCACGGGUGCUUCUAUCCCGGAAGUGCAGGUGGAGGUUGAGAAGACCAGCAGCGCAACUGCUUAAGUCUUUUCUCUAGCUUUUACGAACGAGUGAAAAUUCUGAAAAAACCAAAAAUAUACGGAGCAAAAAUGGAUACGGAUACGGAUACAGAUACCAUGAUUGAUUCCCGAUUAAGAGUGCUGGAGAGAAGAGCAAAGCAGAAUGAUACAAUGGAGAUGAGAUGAGUUCCGAUGUGACUGUAUGGAUUUGGCCUGUGGUGGAGUGGAGUGGAAUGGAAUGGCCUGGGUCGAAUAUGUGAUUCCCACAAAAUAUCUUGUUGCUUGUCAGUCUGGAUUGGAUGGACUGUUUUUUUCCUUUGUUUAUUAAAUGGUGUAUAGCAUUUCAUUAUUCUUUUCCCACAUGAUGUUUUUCUUUUCUUCUGAUUUUCAUUUCCAGCAAGGCAACUAAAGAAGGGAUUAUUCGGAUAUAUACAACAACAAUCACAGUAGUACACAAUAUAAUGUAUUCCUCUCUCUAUAUCUACAUACAUCCUACCAUAACCACAACACAAUCUAUAGAAUAGAUAGAUAAUUAGACCGAAUCCCAUCGAAAGACAAAGAUAGUAGAAGAGAAGAGAAAGUUAUCUGAUUCGCCACCAGUCAACUCAGCUAUGGCCACUGACAUCAUACGAUGCAGCACAGCACAGCACAGCACAGGCAACUAACUUACAAG